ACUGUCGUAAAAUGUGAUGCUUUACCGUAGCUAAAAAUCCUUUAAUUUAUUUUUUCUUUAAUUUUCAAAUCAAAUUUCAAUUCAAAUCAAAAGUUGUUUUGAAAAAUAAUUGUAUAAAUGUUCAACUCGUUUCAUCCGCUUGUUAAUGCUGGUCAUUGAUCCCUCGAUUAAACCGCCUGUUGUUACAUAAAAAUCGAUAUGCCAAAGACCACGCAGCCAAUUUUCGAGAAUCGUUUGUUUAUAAUAUCUCACAAGAACCCACUUAAACUUUGGAAUAAUGGAAGAACAAUGUCGUGGAAAUCUUCUUGUUUUCAUCAAUCCUAACAGUGGAACUGGAAAAAGUCUGGAGACUUUUGCGAAUACAGUUGGACCGAAGUUGGAUAAAAGCUUGAUUCGAUAUGAAGUCGUUGUUACGACCGGGCCGAAUCACGCGAGAAAUGUGCUCAUGACAAAAGCCGACCUUGGAAAGUUCAAUGGGGUUUUGAUUCUUUCUGGAGAUGGUUUGGUUUUCGAGGCUCUCAACGGAAUUCUUUGUCGUGAAGAUGCAUUCCGGAUAUUCCCAACUCUCCCAAUCGGAAUUGUUCCCAGCGGAUCCGGAAACGGACUUUUAUGUUCGGUUUUGUCGAAAUACGGAACAAAAAUGAACGAGAAAUCUGUAAUGGAAAGAGCUUUGGAAAUUGCCACCUCACCAACAGCAAAGGCGGAAAGCGUAGCUUUGUAUUCAGUUAAAACAGAUAAUCAGUCAUAUGCAUCGUUUUUGUCAAUUGGAUGGGGUUUGAUGGCAGAUAUUGACAUUGACAGUGAGAAAUGGAGAAAAUCGCUUGGCCAUCACAGAUUCACUGUUAUGGGAUUCAUUCGCAGCUGCAAUCUCCGAUCUUAUAAAGGACGCCUUACGUAUCGUCCAUACAAACCAAAAGGAUUCCAUCCAUCGUCCAACGUUUUCAGUGUGUAUGAAAAAACUACACAACAAAGGAUUGAUGAUUCAAAAGUAAAAACGAAUGGAUCCGUGUCAGAUUCCGAAGAAGAAACAAUGGAGACAAAAUUCCAAAAUUGGACGCUGCCCGAUUCAGAUGAAACUUUGGCAGUUGGAAGUUCUGAUUUAGAAGAAACUGUCGUAAUCGAGGAUAAUUUUGUGAAUAUCUAUGCAGUUACUCUUUCCCAUAUCGCAGCUGAUGGACCAUUCGCUCCAAGUGCCAAAUUAGAAGAUAAUCGAAUUCAUCUUUCGUAUAUUCUAUGGAAAGAUAUCGGUACACGAGUUAAUAUUGCUAAAUAUCUUUUGGCGAUUGAACACGAGACUCAUCUGGAUCUACCCUUUGUUAAACACGUGGAAGUGUCGUCAAUGAAACUGGAAGUUAUCAGUGAAGGAUCACACGUAGUACUCGAUGGAGAAGUAGUCGACACGAAAACAAUUGAAGUAGCAUCGACAAAAAAUCAUAUUUCCGUUUUCUCAUCAACUGCCUAGAAAUUAAAUAUCUUUUAUCUUUGAUUUCUAACCGGUUUUCCUUGUGUACAAACACCGAUGUAUAGAUUUUAUUUUAUUUUCCCAAAGAAGUAACCUAAUAACUAUGUUUUAGGAUUUAAAGUAUAUUGAAAUAGCUUUUCCUCACAUUUUUUGAAGUUUUUAAUCUAUUCAAGGGUCCCCUCUCUCACUUUUCCUCUACUUCGUUUCGUGUGCUUUCCUCAUUUUUUACUUGCCUUUUCUGUGAUUUAUUUACUUUAAAAAUUUUCUAAACGUUUAAAAAUUAUUUUCCUAUUCUCUACUGAAUUGUU